AUGGCUCCCACCAUUCACCCCUUCGACCCUCUGCGGCCGGAGGAAAUUACACGCGCUGCAAAUGUUGUGCGACCCAUAUUCUCCGGGCAAGACGUCAAUUUCAGAGUCGUGACGCUGAAAGAACCUCCCAAGUAUGAAAUGAUUGACUAUCUUGAUCGCGAGCAUCGCAAGCAACCCAUAGGACGAACUCCGGUGCGUUGCGCUCGCGUAGAAGUCAUCGCCAAACAGCAAGGCAGCAAACCUGGCCUCUAUGAAGUCCUCGUCAACCUAGAUGAUGAAAAAGUCAUGGGGCAAAAGAAACUCGAGGGCAAGCACUCCUACAUUGACGCCGAUUAUAUGAAAGCGGUCGAAAAGGCGUGCUUGGCCGACAAGAAUGUCCAAGAGGAGAUUCGCAAACUCAAGCUGCCAGAAGGCUCGACGGCAAUAGUUGAGCCUUGGGCUUAUGCUACAGACGGCAUGAAUGACAUGAGUGAGCGUGUCACAAUGUGUUGGUUCUAUUGCCGUCAUAUUGACCACUUGGACGCAAACUAUUACGCUUACCCGCUCGACAUUUGUGCCGAAAUAUCAGAGGAUCUCCGUGUCACAAGGGUCUAUAGACUGCCCGGAGCGCCAGACGAACGCAUCAACAAUGAUGAUCGUCCGUAUGAUCGUGAAAAGAUCCAUGCCACAAGUGCCAGCGAGUAUCAUCCAGACCUGAAGCCUAGUCCUCGAGAUACAACCAAGCCAUAUCAGGUUGUGCAGCCCGAGGGGCCUUCAUUCAAAGUCCAAGGCAACCACAUGAACUGGGAGAAGUGGAGUUUUCGGGUAGGAUUCAACUAUCGCGAGGGCUUGACGCUUCACGACAUUCGGUACGAUGGACGUAGCCUGUUCUACCGCUUGUCCCUGGCCGAGAUGUUUGUGCCGUAUGGCGAUCCUCGUGCACCAUAUCCUCGCAAAGCGGCGUUUGAUCUCGGCAACGACGGUGCUGGAAUCAAUGCCAACAAUCUCAAACUUGGUUGCGAUUGUCUCGGCACAAUCAAGUACUUUGACGCCUGGCACAACACCAGGGACGGAGAGCCCAUGAAGAUGCCAAACGUUGUCUGCUGUCACGAACAAGAUGACGGUAUUCUCUGGAAGCACACAAAUUUCCGGACCGGCAAUGCCGUCGUCACACGUUCUCGGAUCCUCGUACUCCAAACAGUCGUCACCGUCAGCAAUUACGAGUACAUUUUUGCCUUUCACUUUUGCCAAGAUGCCUCUAUAUUCUACGAAGUCCGUGCCACCGGUAUCUUGUCCACAGUUCCUCACCAUCUCAACCAGAAAGACAAGGCACCGUACGGCACAGUAGUGGCGCCUGGUGUCCUCGCCCCGUACCAUCAACACCUCUUUAGUCUUCGCAUCGACCCUGCUGUCGACGGCUACAAGAACACGCUCUCAAUCGAGGAGUCAAAGCCCAUGCCCUUCCACGACCCAACCGUCCACAAUCCCUUCGGAGUGGGAUACUACACCGAGAACCGAUUCGUCGAGCAAGAGGGCGGAUUUGACCUGGACAUCAACAAGGCACGUGUGUUCAAGUUCCUGAAUGAAAACAAGACGAACCCAAUCACGGGCACGCCGGUUGGCUUCAAACUCCUACCCCAGCCUAGCCAGAUGUUGCUCUCUCACCCUGAUUCGUACCAUGCGAAGCGAUCUGAGUUUGGUCAGCACGCCGUCUGGGUCACGCGCUAUGAAGACGAUGAUCAUUUCCCUGCGGGCAGAUAUACCAUGCAGUCCAGUGGAGGGGAUGGGAUUGCCUCUGCGAUUCAGAGGCGAAACGCGACGGGGGCGGCGCACUCAGUGAGAAACGCCGACAUUGUCGUCUGGCAUACAUUUGGUUCGACGCAUAAUCCCCGAAUUGAGGACUGGCCGGUUAUGCCGAGUGAGAAGAUGACGGUUGGCCUCAAGCCGAUUAACUUCUUUACUGGGAAUCCUGGGCUUGACGUGGCUGUUUCGACUCAGGAGAAGAAUAAGAGUGUGUUCACCAUUGGAUAUCGUCAUCGAAGUCACAUUCACUACAUCUGGUUUUGCUUGGAACUCCCAGGCUAUGAUUGCACAGGGUGUGCCCGCACUGAUUUUGUGGAAAGACUCACCAGGGCGGAAGCUCUCCAGGUUACCGCAGCACUCCAGUGUCUAUUCUCAAGUCUGAGCAUAUGGGAGCCAAACGGAACGUUAACGCUUGAUAUCAACUUCCACUCCCCGAGCGACUCAGAGCACUGGUUCAAAUAUCUGACUUUCGGGCCUGAUAUUCCUCCAGGCGGGCGUGGCUGGGACACAUACAGAAAACAGGCGGUGCCAGCCAAAAUUACCGACCGGAGUCACGGUUGGAUUGAUGGCAGGCGAGAUUCCGUCCCAAGGUUGCCGGCCAUUGCCAAAGUUUUCGACCAAAUCAUGGACGAAAGUCUGUUCGAUAAUGCCCAACAGGAAAACCAGUGGUGGCAGCAACUGCCCCUUGUCCCGGCAAUAAUAAGCGUUAUUCUCCGUCAACAGAACCGCCGGCGAUGGGGCCUAACGGCACUAGAGCGGAUGCUUGCUCGUCUCCCCAGGCUCGAGGAAUUUCACUACGAGCCUUGGAGGGAGUGGGAGUGGAUUGAUGGUCUGGAGAGGUGGAUAGACAUAGAUUAUCGGUCGCUUCUUGAAUCGCUUGCCUCCAGACAGUUGCGGAGACUCGUGCUCUUCGAGAAUUUCCACAGACACUACCCGCCUGGAUGCUUGGACUGCAGUCCUGCUCGAAUCCAGACCUUUGCUCUCGGCCGCGCUGUCGCUGAAGCCAGUCUGAAGCUUGAGCACCUCUCGGCGUCCUUCAUUGUUGAUGCAAGCCAUUUCUUCUUUGCUCCUGAGCCUUCGUGGAGAUGGCCCAGGUGGACCUCGCUGGCCCUGACAUUGAGGGUGCUCGCACCAGAUGGGGACCUAAACGAGAUAGACGAGAUGCUCCGGACCGCAGCCGCGGCCGUCAUGAAAAUGCCAAAGCUUGAGACAAUAGAGAUUUGGAACGGAAAACAGGGGCUAGCCAUGGUUUUCAGAUAUCAGUCAGCCAGAGGGCGGCCUGCCGUCAUCACCUGCAGAGGAACAUGGGAAUUUUGA